UACGGGAUAUACUGUAGCAAUACUGGAUUCCUAGGAUACACCUCCGGUUACAGACUGUGUCUGUUAGGCAUAUUCACUCUGAAUAAACCUGGAAUCCUACAUUAAAAUGUCCAGGUUGUCUCCCAGGUCAAUUUAUGCGGUAUCUGUAUAUAGAAAUGUGUCUUUAGUGCCUACAAGGGUGUUACCUCAUUGGAGCUAUACAGGGCUUUGUAUAUCUACUAUAUCUGGUCAUAUAAAUGGAGUGCUUAGUGCCACUAGAGCCUGCAGUGGCAGGGCAUAUGCUACUAGCGUGUUAAAAGUAACCCAGGAUCUAAGUGGCCCAAAACCUGAUGUAUCACGCAUAGAUACAACCAAAAAUGCAUUUAAUGUGGAAUAUCGCAGGACAUUACCAGGGUUCAACACUCUUCAAAGCCCAACUGUGGCUACGCUAUAUCGCACAGCGCAUGGCAUUUUUGCCAAAAGAAAUAUUAGCACUCUCAAGCGGCGAGUGUUCAAGAUGAAGAAACACAAGAAGAAGAAGCGCAAGAAGAGGUUGUCAAGGAUGACAGCAAUACCAUGGCGGCCACCAAUCGAUCGAAAGGUGCCAUACCAACUGCCAUACAAAGUCAGACGCGUUGUAAAAGAACGGAGACGCCGUAACAAAGGCAACAGAACUUUGCGUGUGCCACGACAACGUUAAUGUCUUAAUUUUUACCCGAUGAGGCCGCAAUGGUUGCCUUUAUCAU